AUGUCGUGGAAAUUGACAAAGAAACUGAAGGAGACUCACCUUGCUCCUCUCACGAGUGGAUUUGGUCGCUCAACGUCGACAUCCACCAUCAAAGGAGAGGACUCUGCCACUACGCCUACUACUCCGCAGGAUGGACCUGAACUCUCGGCGACUACUAGCAAUGCCAGCACGCACUCAACCACAGCAAAUGGUAUCGCUGCGUCCGAGGCCCUCACUUCACCACCUGUUCAGACCACGAAGCCGGGAAUCUUGAUAGUGACGCUGCACGAGGGACGAGGAUUCUCUCUGCCACAACAGUAUCAGUCGGUGUUCAACAACUAUUAUGGUUCUGGAGGCUCAGCAGGAUCCGUGAGACCAAGCUCUUCAUACACAAGUGGUUCAUUGGCAGGCUCCUAUGCACCAUCAAAUAGACCUAUGUCGACUCAUGCUGGAAUCAACGCCGCGCCCACCAUUCACGGACGAUACAACAGCAAAUACCUCCCGUAUGCGUUGUUGGACUUCGAUAAGCUGCAGGUCUUUGUGGAUGCGGUUUCAGGUACUCCGGAGAAUCCUUUGUGGGCUGGCGACAAUACAUCGUUCAAAUUUGAUGUCUCAAGGGUCUGCGAACUCAGCGUUCAGCUUUAUCUGAGAAAUCCCGCUGCCAGACCUGGUGUCGGCAGAAGUGAAGACAUCUUCUUGGGUGGUGCCAGAGUCACGCCUAGAUUUGACGAGGCUCGUCAAUAUGUCCCCGAUCCAAAGAAGAGCAAGAAGGAAAACGAGAAGGCCGAAGCCGCAUUCGCAGCUCAGGAGAAGCAGGCAGGUCAGCUGGGCACUGAAUGGCUGGACAUCCAGUUUGGCACUGGUUCGAUCAAGGUCGGGGUGAACUAUGUGGAAAACCGUCAGGGCAGUCUGAAAAUUGAUGACUUCGAGCUCCUGAAAGUUGUCGGACGAGGCAGCUUCGGCAAAGUCAUGCAGGUCAUGAAGAAGGACACCGGCCGAAUCUACGCCCUCAAGACGAUCCGCAAAGCACACAUCAUCUCUCGAUCUGAAGUCGCGCAUACGCUGGCCGAACGAUCAGUGCUGGCACAGAUCAACAACCCCUUCAUUACGCCUCUCAAAUUCUCCUUCCAGUCGCCUGACAAGCUUUACUUUGUUCUGGCAUUUGUUAAUGGCGGUGAAUUGUUCCAUCAUCUUCAGAAAGAACAACGCUUCGAUAUCAACCGAUCAAGAUUCUACACUGCAGAAUUGCUGUGUGCACUGGAGUGUCUUCAUGGCUUCAAAGUCAUCUACAGAGACUUGAAACCCGAAAACAUCUUGCUUGAUUACACUGGUCACAUCGCCCUGUGCGACUUCGGCUUAUGCAAGUUGGACAUGAAGGAUGAAGAUCGCACCAACACCUUUUGUGGCACACCUGAGUAUCUUGCCCCGGAGCUUCUGCUCGGACAUGGCUACACAAAGACUGUGGAUUGGUGGACUCUGGGUGUUCUGCUCUAUGAAAUGCUUACGGGCUUGCCUCCAUUCUAUGACGAAAACACCAACGAGAUGUAUCGCAAGAUCCUCCAGGAGCCUCUCCACUUCCCCGGUCCCGAGAUUGUCCCGGCGGCGGCGAAAGACCUACUUCAGAAGCUUCUCGACCGCAACCCUGAACGCCGGCUGGGAGCUGGCGGUGCCGCAGAGAUCAAAGCUCACCACUUCUUUGCCGGCAUUGACUGGAGAAAGUUGCUGCAGAGAAAGUACGAGCCCAGCUUCAAGCCCAAUGUGGUUGACGCGAUGGAUACCGCAAAUUUCGACAAAGAGUUUACCUCUGAGGUGCCAAAGGACUCGUAUGUCGAGGGCCCAGCCUUGUCCCAAACUAUGCAGCAACAGUUUGCCGGCUGGUCUUACAACCGGCCAGUUGCUGGAUUGGGCGAUGCAGGUGGAAGUGUGAGAGAUCCUUCGUUUGACCGGAUCCGAUAG